UUUUCUAGUAGUCCAGAACAAAUGACAUGAAUUAACAAAAUUCCAUUUAGUACUUUUUAAAUACAGAGUGUAGAUACCAAAGCAUUAUUAAAAAUAAAAAUAAAAAUAAAAAUUGACCAUAGUAAUAUGUGUCUUAUGGGGUCAAGGUAUUUAAUAAUAAAGAUUUAUGUUAAAUAUGCCCCAAAUAACUUGCCAAAGGUCACACCUCUCCUACAGUUGACAUUUUGAUAUCUUCUUAACCACUUUCGUCUGAUUUGAGCAGCAAUCAUUGGUCCGAGAUCCAAACAUGGUGGCCGGAGAUAUAUUCGUGGCGGCGUUUGUUCAACUGGUUCUUGAAAAACUGGCAUUGGUAGCGGCGAGGCAGUUGACCAAGGGAGGAAAGAGCCGAAAGACAGUGUGCAUUCAAGAAUGGGAGACGAUGCUAAGGAUGAUCGAAGCGUUGCUUAGUGAUGCUGAGCAUAAGCAAUGUGAGAGCAAAGCUAUCAAGGGUUGGCUAGAAAAUGUCCAAGAUUUGGCGUAUGAUUUGGAGGAUUUUUUGGAUGACUUUGCUGCUCAAACUCAACAACUCAACAAGGAUACUGGACGUCUUGGGUCUAUCAGCAAAAAGUUUGAUGAAACCCUUAGGGAGGUGAUGGCUCUGGGGAUCGGAGAUUCAACAAAGCUGCAAGAAUUGGAACAAUUUUGCUUAUUAGCAGAUGAGUUGUGUCUAGAAUGGGACAAAGAUAACAAUGAAGUUAAUGACAAGAGUAAAAAAUACGGGGGAAAUGAGCUACAUCCGUACAACUCCAUCAAAAUCUGUGAGUUUAAAGGGUACAUGGGGUUAGCUUUUCCUUGUUGGUUAGGAGAUGAAUCUUACACAAACAUGGUCUACAUAAGCUUGAUGAAUUGUAUGAGCUGUGAACGGUUGCCACCACUAGGACAACUACCCUCAUUGAAGGAGCUUCAUAUUCAAAGAAUGGACAGUAUUAAGGAAGUAGGUCCUGAAUUUUAUGGAUCAUCAUCUUUAAAUAAUCCAUUUCCAGCAUUGAAGAUUCUAGAUUUCUCUCGUAUGAGUUCCUGGGAGAAGUGGUAUAGUACCGGAACAGCAUUCCCCCGCCUUGAGAAGCUUUCACUUUCGCACUGUGAAUCAUUGCAGGAUUGCUGCUUACCUUCUCAUCUCCUUUCUUUAAAGGAGAUUCUGAUCUCAUAUUGCCAUCAACUGAGUGUCAAACUUCCAAGUCUUCCUCUGCUUGAGAAGUUGAACAUAACUAAAUGUAAAUCAAUGAUGUUUAGUACUGCAUCUGUCAUUUGUUCAGAAUCAAUGGAACUUCACAGUGUUACAGAAGUUACUGGCCUUACUAUGCCAGACUCUUGUCAGAGUGUCUUCAUCACAAAUUGUCACUCCAUUUUGGAUGUUGGCAAGAUACCUCUCACAAUUACCUCGUUGCAGAUUUGCAGUUGUGAUAAUAUACAGUCUGUUGAACUCAAGAAAUCAUCUAUUGGAACUUGCUCUGCUGUACAACAAAGCGUCUACAUUUGGGACUGUAAGUCUCUGAUUACUCUCGAGGUUCCAAACAAGAUUAGUUGGUUAAAGAUAAACAAUUGCGAAUCUCUCAACUCUUUGAUAUUUACUAGGAGUGACCUUGAACUUGUUCAUCUCGUCGUAUUAAGAAUUGCUAGCUGUCCUAAAAUCAUCUCAUUUCCAGAAGAUCUAUCCCUCCCUUGUAUAAAAGAACUUAUGAUCAUAGACAAUGUUAGUUUAAAUGGCCUUCCAAAUCAGAUACAAAAUUUUACUUGUCUAGAAUACUUGGAGAUGACAAAAUGUCCCAGAAUACUGUCUUUUCCAAGAGGGGGUUUACCUAGGAACCUGAAAAAAACUUCACAUUAAGAAUAUGAGUAUAAGGCAGCCAUUUGAGGAGUGGGGAUUAGACCUCCUUGAUUCUCUCCAAGAUCUGAGACUCUGUGAUACUGGCUCCUCAUCGGCUUUAGUCGAGUGCAUUCCGAGUUCAGAUCUUCAACUACCUUCAUCCUUGUCUAAGUUUGAAAUCAGCUAUUUCCAGUAUUUGAAGUCCAUUACUUGGAGCUUCUUCCCCAACCUGACUGAACUUCAUGUUACCCAUUGUCUGAAGCUGGAAUCUUUGGGAGAUGAAAGUUGCCUACCUCCCAAACUGAAGACUGUUUUGAUACAGAAUUGUCAGACACAUGUGUGUGAAAUAGGCAACAGGCUCCUCAAGAAACUUAACCCUUAUGAUGAAAGUGAUUAUGAUAACUUUUCUUAUCAUUAUUGAUUAUUCUUGGUUUAAUCCUAUUUUAUUUGGUUAGGAUAACCCAUAUCUGAAUGUUUUUUUGUAGGAGUCCUACACGGUUUUACUAAUCCCUUAAGGGUUGGAUUUUACGUGUAGAAAAAAAAUGUGUUUUUAUGUUUGUUAGGAGUCACAUUUUAUUAAGGAGUUUAUUUUCUAAGUGAUGUAAAAUUCUAUUCUACAAUUUUUAUUGUAAUAUUGCCUAUACAAAGGCUUAAACUUAAAAGGAUGUUUUUCUUUGA